UAUACUACUUGAGUACCUUUGAAGGUUUAAUCAGUCUUUUUGAUACUGAUACAAAUUAAUUCUAGAUUAUGUUAUUUAAAAACAGAAUAUAUAUAUAUAUCUAAUUUCUGACUUAUAAACUUUUUAAUAUAAUUUCUAUUUGGAAUUAUCCUAUUGGUGUUACAUAACUGAAAUCUAAUUGGUUCUAAAUUUGGCUUCACUCUUCAGGAAUCAUUGUUCCUAUCAAAAGCCAUCUUGCUUUUGUUGACCUUGAUGAAAAAAUUUGCAGCACCACUAUUACUUAUGAUGAUUUCUCUGCUUGUUUUUGUAAUGGUUUCUUUUCUGUUAAACAGUAGAAAUGGAAUUGAAGCAUCAGCAGAUAGUAACAAUAUUGAUCAUGUCAGGUUCAAGGUAACUGAUGAACAACCUUACAGAACUUCUUAUCAUUUUCAGCCUCCGCAAAAUUGGAUGAACGAAAAUUGAUAGUGAAUGUCUUCUUCAUUCUGCAGAUCCAAAUGCUCCUAUGUACUACAAAGGUGUUUAUCACUUUUUCUACCAACAUAAUCCAUAUGCAGCAACAUUUGGCGAUAAGAUCAUAUGGGCUCAUUCAGUAUCCUCUGAUCUCAUCAAUUGGAUUCAUCUCAAUAAUGCUCUUGAACCAAGUGAGCCUUAUGACAUCAACAGUUGUUGGUCAGGUUCAGCCACUAUACUCCCGGGUGAAAAACCUGUUAUUCUUUACACAGGAAUCGAUCACAAUAAACAUCAAGUUCAAAACUUAGCUACGCCAAAGAAUCUAUCAGAUCCUUUCUUAAGAGAAUGGACAAAACACCCUCAAAAUCCUUUGAUCACUCCACCUAAUGAGGUCGAAGAGGAUGAGUUCAGAGACCCUACAACUGCUUGGCAUGGAAAAGAUGGAAAAUGGAGAGUAAUCAUCGGUGCUCAAAAGGGCGAUGAAGGAAAAGUUAUUCUUUACCAAAGUGAGGAUUUUGUUAAUUGGACAGUGAGUCCAAAACCUUUUUUUGCAACAGAUAAUACUCGAGUUAUUGAAUGUCCGGAUUUUUUUCCCGUGUAUAUCAAUAGCACAAAUGGGGUUGAUACAUCUGUGGAAAAUUCAAGUGUUAGACAUGUUUUGAAGAUAAGCUAUCAAAGCAAACAACAUGACUAUUACUUUCUCGGUAAAUACGUAUCUGAUAAGGAAAACUUUGUUCCCGAUGAAAAAUUUACAGGAACUAGUAAAGAUUUAAGGUUUGACUAUGGUAAAUUUUACGCUUCAAAGUCAUUUUUUGACUAUGCUAAGAAUAGAAGAAUACUAUGGGGAUGGGUCAAUGAGUCUGACACUACACAAGAUGAUAUUGAGAAAGGAUGGGCAGGUUUACAGACAAUUCCAAGGAAAGUUUGGCUUGAUAAAAGUGGAAAGAGAUUAAUGCAGUGGCCGAUUGAAGAGGUAGAAAAUUUAAGAGGCUCGAAAAUCAGUAUUACUGGAAAGAAACUUGAGGGUGGAUCAACUCUUGAAGUCUCGGGCAUCACUGCGUCACAGGCCGAUGUAGAAGUGUUGUUUGAGCUCCCUGAUCUAGAAAGUGGCGAGUUGUUAGAAGAUCCGAGUGAAGUUGAUCCUCAACUAUUAUGUAGCAAACCAUAUGCAUCAAGAAAUGGACAAAUAGGGCCAUUUGGUUUGUUAGCUUUAGCUUCAAAGGAUCUCACAGAGCAAACUGCAGUGUUUUUCCAAAUAUAUAAAACUCCAAAUAGACAUUUAUGUCUGAUGUGCAGUGACCAUAGCAGGUCUUCAUUGCGACAAGAUCUUGAUAAAACCACAUAUGGAACAUUCUUUGACAUAGAUCCCAAUCUCAAAGAGAUUUCACUUAGAAGCUUGAUUGACAAGUCCAUUAUUGAGAGUUUUGGAGAUGGAGGAAGAGCUAGCAUAACAAGUAGAGUUUAUCCAUUAUUGGCUAUAAAGAGAGAUGCACAUCUUUAUGUAUUCAACAAUGGAAGCCAAAGUGUGAUUAUUUCAAAACUUAAUGCUUGGAGCAUGAAGCAAGCAGAGAUAGGCCUCGAGGGAAGUAUAAGAUGUGCCUAAGAAGGAAGUGAAGAUCUAUAAGAUGUGCCAUAGAAGGAAGUGAAGAUAUAUGAAGCAUACACAUCUCUAUCUUGGAGUAGACAUAUCAUGUUGUCCAACACGUCAGGGUCACUGACCGACACAUGUAAGACACGUGUUCGAAAAAUCAGACAAAUAUCUUUAAAUAAAUUUCUUUUUUAUUUUGAUGUUUUUUAAAUUAGUGUCCGACAUCCUUAUGAUAUUCAUACAACACAUACACAUGUAAGAUAACUUAGACUAUGUAUUUCAAAAAGAAUUUGUUUU